AUGUCAGCUUCGACUCCCAAUUCAUUUAAAAAUAGAGUAUUUUCUAGUACCAGCCUCAAGAACAUGCUAAAUUCUGUCUCGAAUUCAGGAACAUCUACACCGAACGUGAUGGAGAAAACAGAUUCAGUAGUUAAUUUGACAAAACCAUCCUUGUACGGGAUCUACAAUGAUAAUUCGUUACUUAAUUUGAACAAAGAAAGUGAAGAUGUUGAUGAAUAUAUCGAAGGUUCAAAGUUAUACAUAAAUUCACCUCGAAAACAAAACAUUGAUGGAGAAUCUCCUGUGGCGAGUGGUCCGAAGGGUUCCAGAAGGACAGAAGUGCCAGUUAUUAUUAGAUGGAUCAAGACUUUUAUUAAGGUAGUGAUAUUAGCGGGAGCUGCUUAUUUAUACAACGAGACGUCCAAACAUAUCCACAAUAACCAUAUUCAAGUGAGCAAAUUGACAUACGAACCAUUGUUCAUCACUAAUAUGUUUUUAUCGAACUUUAUUCAUAAAUUGAAACCAUUUUCAAGCUAUACAACAGCAAACACAUAUUCAAUUAAUUGGAUAGACAACUUUCUCGCAUUGUCAAUCCAGGGAUUAAUUAUGAGUCUCAUUCAUCCCAUGAUGGAUUGCAUUCUUCCAGCGUCUUUGACCAAGAGAUUAUUAUCUUCAGAUCCUAAUUCAAGUAGAAACAGGGACGCACACUUAUUCAACGACUUAGUAAGAGCAUUGGUUACGUUUUUGGGUAUUUCAUAUGCCGUACGUAAGAUUGAAUGGAGCUCAUCUUUGCAGGUACUGAUGAUCUGGUCCUUGUUGAACCCUGGAUUGUGGUUAUUGUUGGAUGGUACCAUAAGCGGGUUCUUAUCCAGUUUGUUGAUUGCAACUUUAGCUUGUUUGUGCGUAUACAUGCAAAACUAUGAAUUGGUGGUGCAAUAUGCAAAUCAAUUUUUUCAAAUAGGCAAAGAUGAUGAUUUUAUAGCAAUUUGGUUAUACGUUGGAAGUUUUUUCUUUUGCGGUUUGAUUAUUUUUGGUAAACUUGGAAGAGGGUUAUUUGGACAUUGA